ACAGGCGGCAGUGUCAUGCUCUGUGAACUGGCAGCGAAGAAAAGCGUACAUGACGUCACACGGAAGUACACAACCAACACACGAAGCUUUCAAAUCGCAGUGUUCUUUCCAAAUCGUGGAUGUUUUGGAGCGUAUUUUUUGACAUCUCAUCAACUAUGGCUCGGAUCAGAUCGUCCAGGAUUCUCUCUAGGGACAACCCUGCUGAUAGCGCUCAUCUUGAUGGUGUACGCUGCAGGUCCCCAAGCCAGUCUCAGUUUAGGUCCAGGUGGAGAAUUUCCACGUUUCAGAGACGUGUUCCUGUACGCCCUCAAUCAUGAUGAUUCGCCCGCCUUGCUUGUCAGCGUUGUGUUGCUGCUGCUGUUGGGGCCACGUCAGGAGCGUCACUGGGGCACAGUCGCCUACCUAGCCCUUUCCGUUCUGACAAUGACUGUAUUACCUCUUAUUUACACGUUGGUCAUCUUUGUCUUCAGUCUCGAGGCCAGCCGAUUCUGUGGCUAUGCUGCCAUUCAUCUGGCCUUGUUAACAGCCCAGUGCCGUCACGUAUCAAAUAGGCGACUACAAGGCUGUUUGCCAGUUUGGAUUCUGCCCUGGUUGCUGCUGCUGCUUUUUCUGAUCAUGCUACCUGGCUCACCUGCCCUGCUUCAUUUCUGCGCCAUAUGCAUCGGUCAUAAUUAUAAUCACAGCUUCAUUGAAAUGCUGCAGGAGCUGGAGAAAGCCAAUUUCCUGACCUUCAUUCCCUCUUCAGCGUAUAUUCCCACAUUGUGCAGACUAAGAUUGCCAACCUACAGCUCCUCGCAGAUGUCGCAAUCUCAAUUUAUGCAUGACAGUCAUGCACCCCCUUCCAUGAGGGACCUCUUAACAUUGAACCACCAUCCGUGGGAGGAGCCACUGUCUGUCUGGAGGCCAGAGUCCGAAGCAGAAGUUUUGGAAGAACACAUGCUGAGGGCCGGAAUACUUGCCUCCUUACAGAAUGCCCCAGAGGAAGUGGAUCAAAAAGUAGAAGUGCCAAAAUCAUCUGUUUCUGCACUGAGACUCCAGCAGCUGGAGAAGAUGGGCUUCCCCACAGAAAAAGCAGUAGUGGCACUUGCAGCCUCAAAACAACUAGAUGACGUGAUUUCCUUACUCGUAGAUGACAGCAUUGGAGAGCAGGCUGUGGUCAUUGCAAAGGGGAAAAAGACCACCCCACCCAAAGGCCCCUAGAUGACUAAAGACUGACAUGAAACCUGGAAAAACUGUUGGCCUUUAUACUCCAAACCGGACUGUUACUUAGAUUUUUGCAGAACUUGAACAUUACAUUUGUAUUUGUUGUGAAAUAAAUUCAUACUAAACAUGA